ACCCCCCUGCCACCGCGUUACUCGGCUCACACACCUCUCUGAGACCAACCAGCCAUGAGCAAGUGGUGGUGCAUCGCCUCCCUCGUACUGUGCCUCGCCGUGGUGGCGGCGGGCAGGGGUAUGCCUGCCGGCGACGACUGCGAUAUUGUCGUUAAUGCGGCCGGUCGUAACAAUCAAGACGGUGAUGGUUUCGAUGAAGCCAAGACUGCCUUUGCUGGGAGCACUGGUGGUGACGGCGGGCUCUUCGGUGGUGCCAUCAACGGUGGCCCGCUCGGCGGGGGCAUCGCCGGCUUUGGCCCUCACGGCGGGUUUGGGGCUGGCGCCGGGCCGUUCGGUGGUUUCGGCGGCGGCUUCGGCGCUGGUAGCGGAGGUGGAGGAGGGGGAGGCGGAGGCGGCGUGAUACCUUGAGGUGGCCGGUACACGAGCGCGUAUGUGAACGUCGUAGUAGCUGAAUGUGUGUCCCUGCUUUCAAUUACAUGUAUCUGUUAGUGUAAUAAGAAGUCCUUGGAUUAGCUGCGUGAGCAUGCAUGUAUGGCUCGUACGUGUCACAAAGUCAUUGGCCACAGCGUGUGCA